AUGAUAACAAACGAACCAGACAGGAGUCAGGCAGCGCCAGAGACUCUCUCGGAAACAGUGAAUGAUUUCAAAAUUUUGGAGAAAGAAAUUCCAGAAGAACGGGCUGCAUCACCACCGAAUGUGCCGAUAGAAGCGGUGGACACCAAAGCUAUUGACAGCAUGUCAUCAGACAGCAAAUAUAUCGUUGAUUGGGAUAAACCCGUAGACAAAGACCCCGAAAACCCAUUGAACUGGCCAGAUUGGCGGAAAUGGAGUAUCAUUGGUUUAUUGUCGUUUCUGAGCUUUCUUACUCCUCUCGCGUCGUCCAUGCUUGCACCAGGCGUACCACUAGUUCUCAAAGAAUUCCAGACCAAUAACGAUCAACUUGCAACGUUCGUGGUCUCGGCAUUUGUUCUCGGCUUCGCGGUUGGCCCAUUGGUCGUCGCACCGAUGAGCGAACUAUACGGCCGCACCAAAAUUUAUCACAUCAGCAACUGUCUUUUCGUCAUCUUCACAAUCGCUUGCGCUGUAUCAAACAGUAUGGGUAUGCUUAUCGCCUUCCGUUUCCUUGCUGGAUGUGCAGGCGUUACGGUUGUGACUUGCGGAAGUGGCACAAUUGUGGAUUUAAUGCCUCCGGAAAAGAGGGGAACCGCUAUGGCUUUGUGGUCGGUUGGGCCAUUAUUAGGGCCGGUGGUCGGUCCCGUGUGUGCUGGUUUCUUGGUCGCAGCCAAAGGCUGGAGAUGGGUGUUUUGGGUUAUUGCUAUUGCUGCCGGAGUCGCAACUGUGGGCUCCUUCUUCAUCCUGCGUGAGACAUAUGGGCCGGAGUUACUUGAGCGCAGAGCAAAACACCUCCGCAAAGAGACCGGCGACCCAAGGUACCACUCAAGCUUGAAAAAGCAGGGAACUGCUAGUGAAUUGUUUUUUCUGGCCAUCGUUCGUCCUGCGCGAAUGCUUGUACUUGCACCUCUUGUCACAACGAUAUGUAUCUAUAUUGCCGCCAUAUAUGGUAUAUCCUACCUUCUGUUCACCACAUUCACGUUUGUGUACGAGGAGACUUAUGGAUUCAGUUCCGAAAGCGCCGGGUUGUCCUUCAUAGCGUCUGGUGUUGGUACCUUGGCCGGGCUUGUAUAUUCGGGGACCCAGUCGGACCGCAUAAUACGCAAUAAAAUGGCGAAAGGGGAGCCAAUACAGCCCGAGGAUCGUCUGAGCUUGAUCAUUGUUGGGCCUGCGGUUCUUUGCUUGCCCGCCGGGUUGAUCAUUUAUGGAUGGACGGCCGAGAAGCAAGUUUUUUGGAUCGGCCCAAUGAUCGGAUCAGCGAUUAUGAGUAUGGGUAUGAUGGGCGUGUUCAUGGGGGCGCAAACCUACCUCAUAGACUCCUUUCCAAAGCACGCAGCCUCGGCAACGGCGGCCAAUGGUGUGCUACGAAGUCUCUUGGGCGCUGUUCUUCCGCUGUUUGGGCUGCAACUAUACGAUGCACUAGGACUUGGCUGGGGAAAUACCCUCCUCGGAUUGAUUCUGCUCGUGUUGGCCCCGGUGCCCGUUGUGAUUUCAAAGUUUGGACACAAGAUUCGAUCAAACCCUAAGUUUAUGCGAGAUUUCUAG